UGCAUUGAUACCGCAUCAUGAUUUAUUCAUCACAAAAUCAAUUUGUGUUCGUCCUACUUUUGGUUGUUGCCUGACGCACAAUGGUCUUAAAAAUUGCUAUACAUUUCAACCACACCGCUGUUAGUGCUUAGACUUCUUUACGCAAGGUUUGGAGCUUCAGAGAAGAAACUAUAGGUGCUUUCUUAUUAAUCCGUUGCAUUCAAUUGUAAGCGAUUGCUGGCAGUUCCACUACACUCUUGCAGUGAUUUCAGAAACCAGAAAUAACAAUGGGAAUCUGCAUGACCAAAGAUACAACAAAGCCGCAAACGACAAGAAACCAUCACACUGAACUUCAGGCAAUGUAUCAGGCAGAUCCAACAGAGAAUACGCUACCCUCUGAAUUGGAUCCUUCGUCCGAAAACGCGAGUAGCCGAGUAUUUGUGAUUGACACUGCCAUAAUGAAGCAUUUGCCAGAUGCUUUAAAUUCUCCGAUGCACAAACACAUGGCUCCAGAAUUCCUGAAACGAGUGCCAUUUGUAAUUCAAAGAACUAUUAGGGAGUCGGACAUUUACGAAGUUCCAAACCUCAAUAUAAUUUUCGUUUUCGACACAGAGGAGCAAAAAUCUGAAAUUCUAUCGAACUUAAAGCGGCUGACGGAUAUCAGUGGAAGACUACAUCACAUUGACAUGCUAGCCACUUUUCUUGAAGUGGCUUCUGUUAUUGGAAGCCAAGACUCGAACAUUAUACCGCCCGCAAAAGCUCUUGAAGUGUUUAUUAAUCGAAUCUCAUCUGAAAAAGAAAAUGUUGAUGCCUUGUUGGUUACGGGAUACCCACGCAAUAUGCGAGAUGUCGUCGAGUACAUGACCAGAGUUCAACGAAUAAGCGGUGUUAUCCUGCUACUCGAUCCCAAAUACGAAUCAUAUGGAAAUGACGAUUCUGGAACGGAUUUAAUCGAUACGAGGCAAUCUCAACCAGACUCGGGCACACCGAAUAACUUUCGAUCGAACAUUUAUCCCAUUAUCGAAUUCUUCAAGCAAGACAAUCUUCUUCACACUGUGACUCUCGAGCGGCCAUUACUUGAUGUUUUCCAUGACGUCUACGACAAGGUUCUGUUGAUUUUGUCACGUUUGCCUCAAACGCCUUCAGACGAAGUAUCAGACGAAGACGAAGUUACAGAAACUGCAAAAGCUCCUUCAGCAGAAAUUGCCAGUCAAUCUGGCAUUUGUUCUGUUUCAGGUAAUGACAAAAGAAUGUUACUUAAACUUCAAAUUAAAACCGGAAAAUGUGUCAAAAAAAGCUGGCAGAAUUCGAUCCACUACUGCUUUAAACUUGAAAGAACAAGUUAUAAACAAAGAUAUACAGGACGUUCUUUCGCUGGUGCGUGCCGGCUCCAUUAUGGGGAGGAUAUCAUCUGCCGCCCAAUCAAAACUAAAAUAGUUUUCCUAGGACUUUACUGAUGAUCAA